AAACUAUGUUUUCAUUCUGCUUAUAUAAUUACGUUACCCCGAAACAUUGCAUAUGAUUUGAAUUGAAAAAUGGGUGCCAUUUUGUCUGCUCUGGGCGUCCCAGAACCAAAACUGUCACUACAACCUAAGAAAAUCGUGGUAGGUGUUUUAUUCGGCAAUCAAAUAACCUCGGCUUAUUUAUUAAAUGUUUUAAUUUGGAUAUUUGUUGUUUUAAUGAUAAUUCUACUUGAAUUUGGUGUUAUACCUUCAGUACAACAAGGUUUUUACUGUGAGGAUCCCGUAAUAUCACACAAAUACAGACAAGAAACUAUAUCUCCAGUGACAUUAGGAGUAACAGCCUUUUUAUUACCAACCAUCAUGGUCCUUUUGACGGAAUUCCUCGUAACUGAGUCUAUUAAAAACAUCAAUAUAUACAGUGUGGUUUUUUAUGAAAUUGAAUGUUUAGUGGGAGUAACUAACACGUUGUUUAUAACUUCUAUAGCUAAAGUAUUAGUCGGCGAACACAGGCCUCACUUUUUGGAUAGUUGUCAACCGAAUACGGCUAAAAAUUGUACUGCAGGACAAUUUAUACCAAAUUUUAUUUGUACCAAUGAAAAUCUUGCAGUUAUUGAUAUAGUUGAUGCUUCGUUGUCUUUUCCUUCCGGACAUUCUUCUAUAUCAUGGUUUAUUGGUAUUUUCACAUCGUAUAUAAUACACAGUAAAAUGCCUGUGGUAAACGCUGGUUAUAUCACAAAACAAUUUUUUAUUUGCAUAUGUAUCACGUGGUCAUUGUUAUGUUCACUUUCGAGGAUUACCGAUAGGCGACACCACUGGUGGGAUGUGCUAAUAGGCAGUAUACUCGGAAUAGGAUUUGCAUUUUAUAGCAUCAGAAUUAUAAGAGAAAAAUUGCGUGAUCGUAACACUCAAAUUUGUAGUAUAUGCUUAGAAAGACGUAUUUCGUUAGCGAAUAAAAAACAAAAUUUUCCAAAUAUUCACGAUAGUUCAUAGUAAACAAUUUUAACAAACGUGUUAUUUAUAUUUUUAAUGCUCAAAAAUAUUCGUUAAAAUUUUAUGUAUUACAAGUUUUUUUUAUUGUAAUUAUUUCAUCGGUUAAUACACGCUUAU